AUGGCACUCUUCUGGAAUGAGCAUAAAAGUGAAGCAAAGUUGCAAAUGGAUUCUGCAAUUCGAACCGCCUGUGAGCUGGGAAUGUUCCAGCAAGAAUUCGCAGCCGAUCAGGGUGGCCAAGAUCUUGUAAUCCAGGAGUGCUGGAGGAGGACAUGGUGGAUGCUGUAUACGGUGGACGCUUAUUAUGCAGGAACUUUGGGGACUAUGCAUUUCGAAGUUUUUGAUAUCGAUGCCACGGUGGAUUUGCCUUGUGAAGAGUCGGAAUAUGAACUUGGAGAGAUCCCGCAGCCCAAGACACUACAGGAGUUUGAUUGUCGCGAGUUCGCUCCAGAUGAUACUGUUUUCUCCUCAUUCGCCUACCUCAUCGGCGCUGUGCAAUGUGCGGCGUUGGCCAUAUCUAUGGGUCCCAAGAUCGCCGCGAGCGAUGACUCGCCACGCAUAAUACAAACCGCCGACUCCGCAUUGAACGGCUGGUUGCUCAUGCUGCCCAAGGAUCGGAAGAAAGUCAUGAACAAGGCAGGAGACAUCGAUGAACUGAUGUUUCAAGCACAUUUACUUAUUCAUGUAGCAACAAUCGGGUUACAUCGGCCCUAUUCAGACCUCAAGUUUAACCCAGUAGAAAAAGCCUCGAGUUGCGCCAGGGAACCUCCUCAAGAUACACCCACACCAGAUCUCGUCAAUGUACAUACCGUGCGAGUUCUCCGAUCCGUGGAAGCACAGAUUCGAUUGCUAGCCCUUCCUACUCGCCAUUUCAACCACACACCAUUCACGACCUGCAUGGUCAGCGAGGGAACACUGGCCUUGCUCUCAGCUUGCAAGUUUCUACUGAAGGGAAAAGAGCUGAGCAUUGCAAGAGAACAGAUCCGCAUGACCAUCGGAUGUCUCAAGGCACUUGCCGAGCGUUGGCCGCGAACAGCAAGAAAUGUGCGAGAGAUCCAGACUAUUGCGCAGCAUGUUCUCGGAUUUGGAACCCAGGCUCAGCCUUUGAAUGAUAGGCCAAGGUCUCAAGAUGUACUAGGGUUUUCCAGUGCAGGUGAAAAUGGAAUAUUGGGAUCAGAUACUGGGACCUCCAGUGAUGAUUUUAAUAUUUUGCCUUCUCUGGGCUCUAUAGAUGAUCUAUGUGGGUGGUAUAACAUUGGUGACCUGAAUCCUAAUAUCUCGUGGGAGAGCUAG